CGAGCCACAGAAAAAAGCUAUUUUUAUCCAUUUUUAUUCAGGAAAAUGAUUGAGCGAGCUGCUCAAUUUUUUAUAUUUUUUUUAGUAAAGUUCAAUUAAAAUUGUAUAGUGUGUGUGAAAAGAUGACUGAAAAACAAAUCACGAUGGAGCAAUUGGAAGAAACUGUGAAGCGCACGGACGAGCAGCUGGACUUGAUGGGCUGGAAGAUGGACAAUGUGGAGAAGCAGAUGGUGGCACCGCUGGACAGCCAGGACGUGUGCAUCGUUAACUUGCUCAAGUCUGUCUCUGAGAGCUGGUGGGGUGCAGGUGCGCUCGGACUACCAGCAGCUGCGGCAGGAGCUGGUGGAGGUGCAGGCGCUGCAGCGCGAGCUGAGCACGCGCCUGCGCACGCAGCUGCGCCUCGUGCACGGCAAGUUCGCGCGCCUGCGCCAGCGCAUCGCCAACGCGGACCCGCCGCGCUAGCGCCCUCACACUCCUCACCACGCCCCGCGCUCAUCACAUCCAAAUGCUCAGCGAUUUGUAAUGCUGCCCUUUCAAUCUAUAACCCGCACGCAUAAUGUCUGCUAAUGGUCGUCCAUAUAGACUGCAACCUGCUCUCGUCUUUA